AUGAUACAUCAUGUGGAAGCAACAUCAUCAAUAACCAAGCGAGAGCCGUCAUUACCUCCCACACCGCCUGUAUCGCUGCAAACACGUAGUAACGAGAUCUUGGAUGAGCUUACUCAACAAUUUGCUGUAUCCACCCACAAGAUGCGUGCCAUCGUCAGCCAUUUUGUAUCUGAAAUGCAAAAAGGAUUGCAAAACGAGGGAGAAACAGUGGCUAUGAUCCCCACAUUUGUAACAGGACGACCAACGGGACAAGAGAAGGGUAAAUACCUUGCCCUUGAUUUAGGUGGAACCUAUUUGCGUGUAUGUGAAGUAUCGUUGCAUGGCAACCGCGACUUUGGUAUUCAUCAACAAAAAUACAAAGUACCUGGAGCAUUAAAGCUGGGAGAGAUGACCCAAUUAUGCGAUUUCAUUGCGGAGUGCGUCAACAAUUUUCUCAGUGAACAAGGUCAUGAUGAUAUCGAUCCAGAAGCUCCUUUGCAACUUGGUUUUACAUUUUCUUUCCCUGUAUUUCAAACAUCCAUCAAUCGUGGAGUGCUCAAGCAAUGGACAAAAGGAUUCUCUUGUAAAAAUGCUGUCGACAAGGAUGUCGUUGUCAUGUUGCAAGAUGCAUUUUCACGUAAAAAGGUGCCAGUAAACAUUGCUGCGAUUGUCAAUGACACGGUGGGCACAUUGAUGGCUUUAGGAUAUAGGCAACCUGAAACUGCCAUUGGUGUUAUCCUUGGUACAGGUACCAAUGCAUGCUAUUAUGAAAAGAUUGACAAGAUCCAAAAAUGGAGUGGUGGCAAAACAGCAUUUGAAGAUAUGGUCAUCAAUACCGAAUGGGGCAUGUUUGAUUGCGAACGCACGGUGUUACCCUUAACGAUCCAUGAUUGCAAGGUUGAUCGUGAAUCCAUCAAUCCACGGCAGCAGAUGUUUGAAAAGAUGAUUUCGGGAAUGUACUUGGGCGAGAUUACACGUAACUGCAUCCUUCACUAUGUCGAUCGGCAAAUGAUGUUUAAAGGCUUUUCCUCGACCGAAUUGAACCAGCCGUAUACUUUUGAGACUGAGUACAUGUCAACCAUUCAAGCCGAUGAUUCAAGUGAUCUUGCUGAAACACGUCAUAUUCUCGAAGAUGUACUCAAGCUGCCAGGAACAACACUUGACGAUCGUCGUACUGUCAAGGCUAUUAUUGAGCUUGUGGGUCGUCGUGCAGCACGACUAUCAGCUUGUGGUCUUGCUGCUGUCAUGGAACUAUCGGAUGUUUUCCAUAGCGGAUGUACAAUUGCUAUUGACGGCUCGCUUUAUGAACACUACCCAGGUUUCGAUAACACGAUGAUGCAGGCACUUAUUGAGUUGUAUGGACCUGAAAUAGAAGCCAAAAUCAGCUUUUCACUUGCAAGAGAUGGGUCUGGUCUUGGUGCUGCAAUCGUUGCCAUGAUCGCUCAUAAGGCUGCUCAACAACAACAACAUCAGGCUGAGGAGCAUGAUUCAUCAUUAUAA